AAUCCAUCCACCCUUCAUUUUCUCUCCAAAAUGGCACCAAUCAAAUUAUUGUAUUUCUAUUUGUAUAUAUAUAAAAAAGGUAAAAACUUUAGCAUUAAAGCUUCGCUUUGACUGUCGCUCUCUCUCUCUCGCUGCCUAAUAGUCCACCAGAAGCACAGUUUAGCUUCUUCUUCUCCUUCUUUCUUCAGACAAGCUUAUUUAGGCUACAAGGAGUUUUCUAUCCACGGUGUUUUGCUGAUAAAGCGAACAUCUUCUCUUAACUUCUCUUAAAUUUCUUGAUGCUUCAAGUUCGGUUUGUGUCUGUUUUUGCCAGAAAAUGUUUCGUAUUUGACCUAUUUUUAGAUUAUUUGCUGCUGUUGGCAAAAUUGGAUAACAACAUUUUUAGGGCUGCCAGUGGCAGAGAUAUGAUUCUGAGUUUUGGGUGCCUUAAAGUGGAUUCAUUCAAUCUGAUGUAGUUUUGUUGUCUGAUGGCCUCAAUAACUUCUAGCAAACCUUCCUUGAAACAGCACCAGAAAACAGCUGGUGUUCAAAAAUUGGAGGCCGACCUUAGGCAUUUUUCUUCGCAGGGAUCAAAACCAUGCAAGCCCCAGCUGAUUAAUUGUGAGCAGGUACAGCUGUUGGUAGAAAAUAUGCCAAAGCAGGUUUUGUUAGAAGCUUUUGAAAAUAUAAAGCUCCUGAAUUCUAAUCAAGAAGGGGCUUCUGAUUCUUUGAGUAUUAAGUUGGAAUCAAAUUCUUCCUUUCCCUGUUUUGAACAAACAUCAACUGAGGUGGAUUCUAGUGUCAAUGACACUAGAGGCUCACAGGAUGUUUCUGUUGAUCAAGAGAAGAAAACAUCAGAAUAUGGAAGUGUAAAAAACAGUUCAGUAUCUGCCAAAGUUAGUGAUGGAACCAGCAGUCUGGGUAAGACGAGUGGAAGUGCCAAGAUUAGUGACCGUGUUGAUUAUGCUGAGGGUGGCAAGAGAAGUAUGUGUAGAGGAAGCACCAGCAGUGAUGUUAGUGAUGAAAGCACAUGUAGCAGCUUUAGUAGUAGUAUCAGCAAACCUCACAAAGCAAAUGACUUGAGAUGGGAAGCCAUCCAGGCUGUUAGAGCAAAAGAUGGGGUUUUAGGUUUGAGUCAUUUUAGACUGCUGAAGAGAUUGGGUUGUGGGGAUAUCGGGAGUGUGUACCUGUCUGAGCUGAGUGGAACUAAGUGUUAUUUUGCAAUGAAGGUAAUGGACAAAGGCUCUCUUGCCAGUCGCAAGAAGCUGCUUCGGGCUCAGACAGAAAGAGAAAUAUUGCAAUCUCUGGACCAUCCUUUCCUUCCAACGCUCUACACCCACUUUGAGACAGAUAAAUUCUCGUGUCUAUUAAUGGAGUUCUGUCCUGGAGGAGACUUGCACACUCUCAGACAGAGGCAGCCAGGGAAGCAUUUUCAAGAGCAGGCAGUAAAGUUUUAUGUAGCAGAGGUCCUGCUAGCUUUGGAAUAUUUGCAUAUGCUUGGGAUUAUUUACCGUGAUCUUAAGCCAGAGAAUGUCCUUGUGAGGGAUGAUGGGCAUAUAAUGCUCUCCGACUUUGACCUUUCCCUCCGUUGUACUGUCAGCCCAACUCUUGUCAAAACAGCAUCUCUUGAGUCUGAGCCGUUACGAAAGAACCCUGUUUACUGUGUUCAGCCUGCUUGUAUUGAGCCUUCCUGCAUCCAGCCAUCCUGUGUUGCUCCUACAACAUGCUUUGGGCCCCGCCUCUUUUCUAGCAAGUCCAAGAAGGAUAGAAAACCCAAAAAUGAACUAGGAAAUCAAGUUAGUCCAUUACCUGAGCUCAUGGCAGAGCCAACUGAUGCAAGGUCAAUGUCGUUUGUUGGGACCCACGAGUAUCUGGCUCCUGAGAUCAUCAAGGGUGAAGGUCAUGGAAGUGCUGUUGAUUGGUGGACUUUUGGGAUCUUUCUAUAUGAACUCUUAUUUGGUAAAACUCCCUUUAAGGGUUCUGGAAAUCGAGCCACAUUAUUCAAUGUUGUUGGCCAACCUCUUCGAUUUCCAGAAUCACCAGUUGUUAGUUUUGCAGCAAGGGAUCUUAUAAGGGGUUUGCUUGUAAAAGAACCGCAACAUAGAUUGGCAUACAAACGAGGGGCUACUGAAAUUAAGCAACAUCCCUUCUUUGAAGGUGUGAAUUGGGCAUUAAUACGCUGUGCUACCCCACCUGAGAUCCCAAAGCCAGUCGAGAUUGAGCGGAUACCUGGCCCAGCAUCAACAAGUGAAAAGGCCGCAACAGUUGCAGCUGCUCCUGGUCAAAAAGGUUCUGAAAAUUAUCUGGAGUUUGAUUUCUUUUAGCAAAUAUUUAUUACAAUUUGCAAAUUGUUUCUAUUUAAAGGGAAGAAUUGUUCUGAACAUCUUAGGCGUUGUUGGUGAUGAGGAUAAAGUUCUUUUUCCUGUUUUUUUCUCCUUUAUUGACAGAUGAUAAGGAAAUGUAAUGUUUGUUGUUUCCUUUUAAAAAAUCUCAAAUCUGUAUCACAUAAUUAUUGCUUGGAGUCUCCAAGUGUAGGAGCUUGGAACCCUGUCGCUAGACUGGUUCAGAAAUGUGGCCGAUAGUCCUGUUGAGGGGACUCCUUCGAGCUCACGGUCAUACUAGCUAUUAGUUCUGGAAACAUGUCUCAGGCAAAUGUACUUUAGCAGUGGAAUGAUUCAAUUGAUUGGCCAACAAAAAUACUGUCCAAAAUUGAUUUAAA